GAGAGAGCCAGAAGAGAGGAGGGCAUUGAGAGGGGAGCAUUAAGUAUCUGAAGCCGCCCGGUCAGCUAUGCUCCUCCGACAGAUCGGUUGAGAGCGGCAUCCCCGUGACCUGCCGCGCUCCGGAGAAGCCCGAUCCGCCGGACAGGAGGGAGGAAAGACACCAUGCAGCCUCCUCCACAAAGGCAGCGCUUCUACUGAGCGGAGCUGGAUUACAGUCACCCUCUCUGUUUGCUCCCCGCUGCCUACCUACCCACAUGAAUUUUGCAAACUGUCAAGAGAACGGAGCACUUCCUACCAAGAGUGCCUACCCCUGAUGAGUAAAGCCGUACCUGCAUAUUAGUCGUCAACCAACUCAGUGACGGUGCCAUGCCUUCAUGUAAGCCAGACAGAGCUUUGGCCCAGUCCAGGCGACCCAUCCUUGGCUACUGCCUUUGUCCUUCUCCCUUGUGUCUGCUGCUGCCUUUGAUUAUCCUCCUUACCAGGCCUUGGAACAGCGUGUGUCAAGCACUAGCUCCACCGAGGUUCACCAAAAUUCCCACAGACCAGAUUGGAGUGUCAGGGGGUGUGGCAUCAUUUGUGUGCCAGGCCACUGGCAACCCCAAGCCAGUCGUCUACUGGAACAAGAAGGGCAAGAAGGUCAACUCCCAGCGUAUCGAGACCAUAGAGUUUGAUGAAGGUGCUGGAGCCGUGCUGAGGAUCCAGCCUCUUAGAGCUCCUCGAGAUGAGAACGUCUAUGAGUGUGUGGCACGCAACAACCAGGGAGACAUCGCCAUCACUGCAAAGCUGGCCAUUAUCAGAGAGGACCUGUUGCCGUUUGGCUUCCCCAGCAUAGACAUGGGUCCCCAGUUGAAGGUAGUGGAGCGGACAAAGACAGCCACCAUGCUCUGUGCUGCCAGCGGCAUCCCUGACCCGGAGAUCUCCUGGUUCAAAGAUUUCCUUCCCGUCGACCCCAGCCUCAGCCAGGGUCGCAUCAAACAGCUCCGAUCAGGAGCAUUGCAGAUUGAAAACAGUGAAGAGACGGACCAAGGGAAGUACGAGUGCGUGGCUACUAAUUCCCAAGGCGUACGCUACUCCUCUCCUGCAAACCUUUAUGUGCGAGAGCUUCGAGAAGUUCGCCGUGUGCCCCCUCGUUUCUCUAUCUUACCCUCCAAUCAUGAGAUCAUGCCCGGGGGGAGUGUCAACAUCACCUGCGUGGCUGUGGGUUCGCCCAUGCCUUACGUCAAGUGGAUGUUGGGCAUUGAGGACCUGACCCCGGAGGAUGAGAUGCCCGUUGGACGGAACGUGCUGGAGCUCAACGGCGUCCGGGAAUCUGCCAACUACACCUGCGUGGCCAUGAGCAGCUUGGGUGUGAUUGAGGCCACUGCUCAGGUCUUAGUCAAGAAUUUUGGCUCUGUGAAAGGCUAUCGUGUGUACUACACCAUGGACCCAUCCCGACCCAUUAAUGAGUGGCAGAUUCACAAUGUACAGGACAGCUUGAUCACCACCAUUCAGAACCUCAUCACCUCAGAGACCUACACCAUCCAGGUCCUUGCCUUCACCUCCGUAGGAGAUGGCCCUUUUUCAGAUCCUGUGCAUGUAAAAGUUUUGCGUGGAGUUCCAGGUCAACCAGUCAAGUUUAAAGUUGGGAAGGUGACAGACACCAGCAUCGAGCUGAUCUGGGAACCUGCAUACACCAAGGAGAAAAUAGUCAACUACGAGCUACUCUACAAACCUGUCAAGUUUGGCAGCUUGGCAAAGUUGACCCUUGAGCCGAGGAACUCUUUCACAGUUGAGGGCCUAAAAGCAAACACUGAGUACUCCUUCUCCUUGGCCGCCAUCUCCAACAAAGGCAUCGGAGCGUUCACCAAUGAAGUUGUGCAGAGGACAUCCCAAGCCAAGCCCUCAGCUGCACCAGAGGGUGUGUCCUGUGAGAGUGUCAGCUCCACCUCGCUGAGAGUGAGCUGGCAGCCACCUCAGUUGGAGGCCCAGAACGGCGAGUUGGCAGGUUAUGAGCUCAAAUACCAGAGAGUUUCUGGGACAGGAGAAGAAGAAGAGGCAGGAGGAGGUGAAAGUCAGGGAUCCGAGGUGGAGAAGUUUCUAAUCGCAGCCCAUCAGAGACAAACUGUGUUGGAAGGGCUGGAGAAGUGGAACUGGUACAAUAUCACACUGGCAGCCUCCACAGCAGAGGGAAUCGGACCCAGUAGCCCACCCAUACUGUGCAGAACAGAUGAGGACGUGCCCGGUGCUGCCCCUCGUCAGGUGGACGUUCAGCCACUCAACUCCUCAGCUCUCCGUGUAAUGUGGCGCUCUGUGUUGCCACGGUUACGGCAAGGCCAGAUCCGAGGGUACCAGGUGCACUUCAACCGCGUGGAGAGCGGUGAAUCACGCACCCUGCCCCGAAUCAAAGACCUUCUCCUGGAUGAAUCCCAGAUGGAGGAGGAUGAUUCGACUCAGUAUGAGCUGGUUUUAGGAGGUUUAAAACCAGAGACAUUGUACUCUGUCUCAGUGGCUGCAUACACCACUAAAGGGGAUGGAGCGCAUAGUAAAGCUAAGCUGGUGCAGACCACAGGGAUUGUGCCUGGCUCUCCAUCCCUUUGGGUGCGUCCAGGAUCGGGCUCGUCUGCGGUGGUGAGGUGGGCUCCUCCGCUUGACUGCUCCGAGACAGGUUCUGAUGACCGGGCAGUGCCAGUAGAAAUUCAAGGCUACCGCCUACAGUUCGGGCUGAAGAACACUUCUUUAAACAGCACUGUGGAUUUCCCACCACGCGAGAGAAACUUCACUGUCAGAAACCUCUCCCCUGGGUCCUCCUACCUCUUUGUCCUCUCUGCAAAGAGCCAAGCGGGCUAUGGAAAUGCGGCACAGCAGGAAAUAACUGUUCCCAUUUGUCCACCUUCGGAAUACCCCAAAAUGAUUGAUUUCGUCAACGCUAGCUGCUGCUCCCUUCAGUUCUCAUGGCUGCCCCCCACCCCAGAUGAGUGCAGCGGCGAUGUUACAGAGUACACUAUAGCUUACAAACAGGCUGCUGACCAGGGCUCCUCUGCCUCACCGGCCUCCUCCGUUCCCCCUUGGCUCAUCACGCUUCCUGCAAGCGAGUCCAGCUACACCAUCUUGGGUCUGAAUCACAGUACAGCCUAUGAGGUGAAGCUCAGAGCCCACAACCAGGCAGGGCCAGGCCCUUUCAGUCCCGCUCUGCUGUACCUCACCCUGGCCUUUGAAACAGAUGUGCCGAGAAAUUUUUCCGUCAAUCUGGCCACUAAGACGAGCGUUCUUCUCACCUGGGACUUUCCAGAGACAAGCAACCCUUAUCCCUUCAUUGUGGAGUAUAACCGUCAUAAGAUGGACCUGGACGCGCGUCUUAAAAAGGCAGUCAUCACAAAUCUUAAUCCCGACACCAGCUACGACUUUAAAAUCACUGCUGCAGAGGGCAACAUGGGAGGCCUUCGCCACCGCAUCACAGCCAAAACAUCCCCACCAAUCACCAUCCGUCGCCCUGAGAUCGACCCGAGCCGCCGUGAAACAGAGGCCACCGUCACCAUUAUCCUGCCGUUGCUGGAAACUCGUACGCCUGUCAAGAACAUUUAUGUUGUCGUGGUUCCCCUGCGUAGAGCUCGUGGCGUCAUCAAACAACCGAAAAGUCCAGAUGAAAUGGACCUAGAGGAGCUCUUAAAAGACAUCAGUCAAAGGCAAAGAGAUUCUCGGCAGCAGAAGCAGGUGGAUUUGAGGCGGGCUUACAUCACAGCCCGUUUCACACCUGCAACUCUACCCGCCUUCUUCUCUUUGGGGGACCAGCUGGACUAUGGAGGCUAUGAGAACCGAGCUCUAGAAGCGGGCCAGGAGUACGUGUUUUUCAUCCUGGUGGAGCUCAACUCUACAUCAGGGAGGAUGUACGUGGCCAGCCAAUACACUGAGAAGGUGAUCGCCCCGCAUUCAGACCCUCAGCCCUUUGACGCCGGUGAUGGUCUGAUCUGGGUGGUCGGACCCGUCCUGGCAGUCGUCUUCAUCAUCUGCAUUGUUAUUGCUAUCCUCCUGUACAAAAACAAACCUGACAGCAAACGCAAAGACUCUGAACCAGGAACCAAAAGCCUCUUGAGCAAUGCAGAGAUGAUGGCCCAUCACCCGACAGACCCCGUAGAGAUGAGACGCAUCAAUUUUCAGACUCCCGGAAUGAUGAGCCACCCCCCCAUCCCCAUCAGCGAGCUGGCUGAGCACAUCGAGCUGCUGAAAGCUAAUGACAACCUGAGACUCUCCCAAGAGUAUGAGUCGAUCGACCCCAGCCAGCAGUUCACCUGGGAGCACUCCAACCUGGAGGUGAACAAGCCCAAAAACCGCUACGCCAACGUCAUCGCGUAUGACCAUACACGAGUCAUCCUGGCUCCCGUAGAUGGUAUCCUGGGAAGUGACUACAUCAAUGCUAACUACAUUGACGGGUAUAGGAAACAGAACGCCUACAUUGCCACCCAGGGACCCCUGGCAGAGACAUUCGGGGACUUCUGGAGGAUGGUGUGGGAACAGAGGACCGCCUCUGUCGUCAUGAUGACGCGCCUUGAGGAGAAAUCUAGGAUAAAGUGUGAUCAGUACUGGCCGAGUCGCGGCACAGAGACAUACGGGAUGACCCAGGUCACAUUGCUGGACACAAUGGAGCUCGCUACUUUCUGCGUCCGCACAUUUUCUCUGCAUAAGAAUGGCAGCAGUGAAAGGAGGGAGGUGCGUCAGUUCCAGUUCACUGCUUGGCCCGAUCAUGGUGUGCCUGAGUAUCCCACCCCCUUCCUGAACUUCCUUCGCAGAGUCAAGGCCUGCAACCCUCCUGAUGCUGGACCCAUCAUUGUCCACUGCAGUGCCGGUGUGGGUCGCACUGGCUGUUUCAUAGUCAUCGACGCUAUGCUGGAACGCAUUCGACACGAGCGCACUGUGGACAUCUACGGCCAUGUGACUCUCAUGCGCUCGCAGAGAAACUACAUGGUACAAACGGAGGACCAGUACAGCUUCAUUCAUGAGUCCCUGUUGGAGGCGGUGGCCUGUGGGAACACUGAGGUGGCCGCCCGCAGCCUCUAUUCCUACAUGCAGAAGUUGUCCAAGGUGGAGCCGGGAGAGCAUGUCACCGGCAUGGAGCUGGAGUUUAAGCGCCUGGCUAACACCAAAGCCCACACAUCACGGUUUGUCACAGCAAACCUCCCUUGCAACAAAUUCAAGAACCGACUGGUGAACAUCAUGCCCUACGAAACCACUCGCGUUUGCCUGCAGCCCAUCCGAGGUCUGGAGGGCUCCGACUACAUCAAUGCCAGUUACAUAGAUGGAUACAGGCAGCAAAGAGGCUACAUCGCCACCCAGGGUCCACUGGCUGAGACUACGGAGGACUUCUGGAGGAUGCUGUGGGAGCACAACUCGACCAUCGUGGUCAUGCUGACAAAGCUGAGAGAAAUGGGACGGGAGAAGUGUCACCAGUACUGGCCUGCCGAGCGCUCUGCCAGGUACCAGUACUUUGUGGUGGACCCGAUGGCGGAGUACAACAUGCCUCAGUACAUCCUGCGGGAGUUCAAAGUGACGGACGCCAGGGACGGCCAGUCCAGAACAGUACGUCAGUUCCAGUUCACCGAUUGGCCAGAACAAGGCGUGCCCAAAUCUGGGGAGGGCUUCAUCGACUUCAUUGGCCAAGUGCAUAAAACCAAGGAGCAGUUCGGCCAGGAUGGACCGAUCACCGUUCACUGCAGUGCCGGUGUGGGGCGGACAGGCGUCUUCAUCACUCUUAGCAUUGUACUGGAGCGGAUGCGUUAUGAGGGAGCCGUGGACAUCUUCCAAACUGUCAAAAUGCUGCGGACACAGAGACCAGCUAUGGUGCAGACUGAGGAUGAGUACCAGUUCUGCUAUCAGGCUGCUCUUGAGUACCUGGGUAGCUUCGACCACUAUGCAACAUAAAAGAAAUCAACACAUCCUACUUUCUGCUUUGACGUCAACCUAACAGCAAACAAAUUGAAGGAGGGAGAAACAGAGAGAGAGGUGGUCAGAAACAAUACUCAACUUUUCUUGGAGGCAACAUUUAAAGAUUUAAGGACCAAUUCUUCACCAACUAUUGACAAAAGCAACAACAGUUCCUUAACAGCAGCCAAGCUCACCAGUGCAUUCCCUGCUGGGCGCGGAGACUAUCCAUGUGUAAUCCAUAUACUUACCUCAGUGUUCCAGUGUGAAGGACGUAUAAAUACAUGUGUGUUGUGGUCAGCUAUCUCAAGUAUGAACCAGUGAAAUACAAAAAGGUUUCUGAACAGGAGCUACGCUACUCUAUGUGUGUAAAAUACAAAAAAGAUUUAAGUGAAAACCAUAAAAAACACAAAGAGCCUGGAUAUUUGCUGCACCCGAAAUGGGCUUUUUAUCCUCAACUUUAUAUCGAUUAGUUUGAUGUACUAAAAGGAGUUACAAGGUGAACGUUUCUUUGUGUCUAUGAGUCUACUUCAAAGACGUCUACUGACCCGCUAGCCCUGAGGACCCAGGUGGACGCUCUUCACCAGAUGCACAGUGCCAAGACUAAACCACGCCGCGCGAGCAACAACUGGGGCCUAUAAGGAGGCAUGACUCCAGUUUGUUUUCCAGCACGACAGACCAGUACGAGAAAAGUCCCUCCCCAGGUUUACAGUACCUUGAGUCACAGCUGACCUUGGAGCCACAUUGAUUGGCCGCCACAUCCGGAAGCUCACAGGGAUCUGCUGCAUUCUUCAUCGACAAAAAAAGUCCUGCUUGCUGUUUGCUAUCGUCCUUGUUCAUCACCCCUCCUGGUUCCUCUUGAAUGUCUCCCCACUUGUUCAGGAGUUGCUUAUUGAAGGCAACGCUAACAGAAGAACUGAGCUCUAUAUGUUUCCGUUUGUUUCUUUUCUUUGUUCUCAUAUCUGCAGAUAUUUGUUUUUGGUGUUUUCCUUUGCCUUAUGCAGACUCAAGUUUCCUCUCUUCAACAUGCUGCUUGAUGCUCAUUCUUUGUUUACAAAGCGUUGCGUUGCAAAACAUAACAUCUUAAAGAUAAGAAUGGACGUUGUGUCAUUAUCAUCUUCCUACACUGACAGUUUCCUACUUGAAUUGCAGUGAAAUCCGUCUUAUAUUUUACCUGUUAAGUUUACUGCUAAUGGAGUAAUGAAGAAAAUCCUAAAAAUCAGAAAGCUUGAGGUAGAGAGCCUUGCUAAAGUAUUUAAAUAUGUAUAUUCAUUUGAACUUGUUUGCCUUUUGUCAUGCUUCAACCAUUCACAUUUUUGGAAUUUAUUGCACAUUUGUACAAUGGAACAGCAUAAAUCAAGAGAAUAUAUAUGAAUAUGUGAAUACAUUUAUAAUUGAUGGGAGCUAAAUAUAGCUUUAUGACCAAGUUUUCAAGGAAAAAAAAAAUCCUGAAAAUUAAGCUUCAUUUUCAUUUGAAUUUUUACCACCACUGCACCUCUUGUUGGUUAUUCCUCCUAAAAUACAUCAAAGGUUGUGAUUGCAGGAAGACAAAAUGUGGAUAAAAUACUUUAGCAAGGGGCUGUACAUUUCCAAUCCUUCAUAGAAAGCCUUUUAUAUCAUUUGUUUCAUUUAUCCAUCUGUAGAAAAGCUAAAAACUUCACCUGUGGGUGUAAACUGCUCCGACUCACGUGAAAAUGUUAGUAUGUGUCUUUUACAUAAUUUGAACCGUAUUCAAGCUCGACCCGAUUCAGUGCUGAAAGAGCAUAUUAAAGUCCCGGUGGGAGACAUAUGGGCCAGUUCCACCACUUUUGUACAUACAGCCUGCCACUAGAGUCCCACACUGUACCGUUCCUUACAUCCUAGCACAGCGUAUUUAAAGUGGGACCGGAUAUGAUGUACUUAGCGUCUUUAAUAAUAAGCCUUAUUGUUCUCGCUCAAUUUGUCGUAUUUAUUUCAUAUGUUUUUCAAAAUAUAUAUAUUAAUUCUAUUUUGUUAUUUUGUUGGGUUUUUUUUAAUUAAAAUGUUUGUUUUUUGGCAAGUCAAUGUUAAAGUAUAAAGUUGCUUUUUUUCUUUGUUUUUCAAUUUUUUUAUGCUUUUUUUAAUUAUAUGCUUUGUAUUGAGGACGUAUGCCCUCAGUGUUGGGUACUAUUUGAUACUAACUACUGAUGUCUGAUUAGUCAUAGAGAUGUACAAUAGAGGCAGAGCUAUUUACGGUUUACAGUGAUGCCCCUUAUGACCCCCCCAUCUCCCAAAGUCCAGCUAUACAUAGCUCCCGCAGCGGUGCGUUCAGGGCAUCGCAAAAAUCCAACAUUUAGAGCAGACGUGAUAUGCUGUUGGUGUUUAGUUUGCUUGAAAGCACACAGUAGCAGGUGUAUUUAUGACAGGGAGGGGAUAUGAAUCGUCUAGCUACACAUUUUACACCAACAAACCCUCAGAGGUUAUUGUUUAAAUCUAAACUUAUUCUCAUAUGAACUCUUAUGUGUGGUCCUGGAGUCUUGACAAUGUUUGAACAUAUAUAAAAAUAUGUUACUCCUUCAAUUUCUAAUGAUUAUUGUGUCAAGAGAAAUAUAUAAAACAGGCACACGUGAAAUGUAUAAUGAACGUGUGGUGGGCCAGCUCUGAUGAUGCCAUACCCCUCACUUAUGUACUUGUACUUUCCUUUCAAACCAUAGAUGUAGAUAUUGUAUCUUGAAUUUGUAUUAAAAGCAGAUGGUUGGAUAU